AUGCAAGACUCAGAACCGACGAUAUCGAUAUCCCAACCAGAGGAACAAGAGUUUCGGCGAUAUGUGAAUCUUAGCAUCGAGUGGAAUCGAUGGCUUCUGAAACCAAUUGGUGCCUGGCCGCAUUCGCUUAAUAUUUCAUGGAUAGAAAAAUGUUUCACUUGGUUGGUGCACGUUGUAUGUUACGGUUUAAUUAGUUUUAUUUUCAUACCCUGUACUCUCCACACGAUACUAGAUGUGGAAGAUACUUACAAUAAAAUCAAAUCAUUCGGUCCGCUGAGCUUCUGCGUGAUGAAUUUUAUAAAAUAUUAUUCGUUAAUCUUUCACGUGAACGAUAUUCGUAAAUGCAUUAAAUAUAUCGAAUGGGAUUGGAGGAACAUUAAACACGUCGAAGACAGAUCCAUCAUGGUGGCCAACGCAAAUUUCGCGAAACGAUUAGUGAAGUUCUGCACCUUUUUCGUGGGCGGCAGUUUCGUUUUCUACCAUAUCGUUGUACCUAUAAACGUUGGAAAAGUGGUGGACGAAAAUUUGACGUUCAUUCCGAUGGUGUGGCCUUGCUCGAGACUCAUAGUUGACACCCGUCAUAGCCCGGUUAACGAGAUCUUCCUUUCGAUACAAGUACUCGCAGGUCUUGUAAUUCAUACCAUUGCCGCUGGUACUUGCGGUUUGAUAGCUGCUUUCUCUGUGCAUGUUUGCGGCCAGAUAAAAGUUUUGAUGUGCUGGAUAAGAUAUUUGGUAGAUGGCCGAUCAGAUAUGUGCAAAACUGUGGAUGGCCGAAUCGCGAGCAUCGUGUGUCAUCAUGUUCGGAUAUUGAAAUGCGUAGCUCUCAUCGAGAAAACAACAACGCAAAUAUCUCUCGUAGAAGUUUCAGGAUCCACGUUAGGUAUAUGUCUUCUUGGCUACUACAUUAUCAUGGAAUGGAAAGCAAAUGACUUAGCUGCUUCUGCGACAUACAGCGUGAUACUCGUCUCGUACCUCUUCAACAUCUUUAUAUUUUGUUAUAUAGGCGAGCUUGUCGCAGAACUGUGCAGAAGUAUUGGCGAAAUGUCCUACACGAUUGAGUGGUAUCGCUUACCGAGAAGAAGAAGACCCGGCGUUAUCCUGAUAAUCGCGAUGUCGAAUGCAACGAUGAAGCUUACAGCUGGAGGUAUGAUCAAACUGUGUUUCACAAGUUUCAGUGACGUUGUUAAAACAUCGGUGGCAUUCCUAAACAUGUUGCGGACAUUGGCUUAA